CUGGAGCAUAUCGACGAUGGAAUAAUUAGUCUUUACGACGCGAGACUUCUUUAUUCCGGCUCACUCGCUGGGGAAUGAGGCUCGGGGUUGCUCUUGCAGUCAGGUUCAAAAAUCUUUGAAACUAGGCAGAAGCGACUUGAAGUGCGGAUAACUUAGUUCCAGAAACUACAGCUUCACAUCGAAAGCCUAGAGCAGCAGAAGCGAAGAAACGAGGAGCAGUUUCGCACUGCACGCCGGGAAAACAGACGCCUCCAAGAAGAGACAAACGCGGCAAAGAGACAGAUAAGCGAGCGGGACUGGCGCCUAGAGGCCUUAGACCGCGACAUGGAUAGCAAAUCACGUGAGAUUGCGCAACUGCGCAAGGACAAGCUCCAGUUGGAGCGGGAAAACCAGGAAUUGAAGAGCGAGCUCAAGUCGCACCACGAGGCUUUUGACAUUCGCAAACUUCAGGGUAAAGGUGACGACGAGUACACGGUCACACGCGAUGAGAUGCUCAAAGUCGAGAAGAGCUACAACCAGAUGGCGGCGGAGAAGGAGGAGCUGCACAAUGACUACAUCGAGAUGCAGCGCAAGCUGGAGGAGCUCUGGCAGGAUAAUGAGAAGUACAAGAAAGAGAUCGAGUCUCAAAAGAAGACGAACCAACUGAUGAAAGCCAAGUACGACGCUCAGGUCGAUGGCUUGAACAAGCAGAAAAUCGAUCUUAAGAACACGGUCGAGAAGCUUCGAGCGGAACUCAAGAAGAGCAAGGAAAGAAUUGGCGGACUGGAGGGGGAUGUCAAGGAGAACCAGAACAGGGCCAACGCCCUUCAGCAAGAGGUUAAUUCCAAGAAUGAGCACAUCGACAAGCUUCAAGACCGCAUCAUGAGCUUGGAAGCUAUCAUCGAUGGGCUGCGUCAGGAUCUGUCCAAGAGCCAGACCAGCCUUGAGAUCUCCGUCAAGCAGAGGGACAAUCUACAGCACGAGCUCGCGUCCGCGAACAAGAACAUCGAGGACCUGCAGGAGGCUUUGGAGGCGAUGCGCGCCAAGAAGGAUGAUCUACAGAAUGAGGUGUUCCUUCUGAAGCGAAAGCUGAACAACUCUGAAGACGCUUACCAGAAGGCUCAGGACAAGAUCAGCAACAUGCAGCAAAGCGAGCGUGCGUACAAGCAGAAGAUCGCUGACCUAGAGGCUGAGCUCGCGGCCGCACGUAACCAGAUCAUCCAACUCGAAAACGAACUCAAGUUGGCUCGUUCCCAGCCUCCCGAGAACAAGUAUGAUGUCAUCACGGUUCAGAAUGUCGAGUCCGUCGAGGCCGGACCACCUGGGGACUGGGGAGUGGACCCGCAAGAGAUCGAGCUGCUAAACCAAGACAAGCUCAUGCUGCAACAGAAGGUCUCUGAGCUAGAAACCAUUGUCCAUCGUUACGAGAUCGAGAACGCUGACCUUGACAGUAAGACGCGCAACUCCAAGGGACACCAAACCAAGCUUGAGUGCCAGGUUGAGAGUUUGACGAAGCAGAAGGCGAGUCUGACGGCGGAGCUCGAGGCUGAACGCGCCAACAUGCUGCGCAUGAAGACCGAUAUGUCGAACCUUCAGGCGCGUCUGAACCCUGCGGAGAAAGCCCUAGAACAGUCGCGCAAGGAGGGAGCCAAGAAAGACAAGACCAUCGAAGACCUGAAGAACAAGAACUCGGAACUGGAACAGAACGUACAAAACCUGAACAAUGAGAUCAUCAAGCUGGAGGCGAAGCUCGAGGCCUUGCAGCUUGAGAACAACAAACUCCACGAGGACUCGCUUGAGGUGAAGCGUACGAUCGGCGACCUGGAGAGCGAUUACAAGAUGAGCAUGGACGAGAAGGACAACGCGCAUAACGAGGCCAAAAACACGGCAAAGAGGGUAUUCGAACUGGAGUCUAAGCUUGCGCAGUCCGAACAGGCGCGGAACGACCUUCAAGCCCAGGUCCACUCGCUUCAACAGAAGCUCAACAGCCUGGAGGACGAGUUGGACCGUUCGCAGAAGGAGCGCGCUCUUUACGAGAGCGAGGCUAACGACUUGAACCAGACGAGCAUGAAGCAUCGUGACGACGCCACCAGCACACGCAAACAGGUGAUGGAGCUCCAGGGAGUGAUUGACAGCUUACGAAGCUCCAUUGCCGAGAAGGACGAGACAAUCGACCAUCUUAGGAACAAGGUUAGGGAUCUUAACGAAGACAUCGACGAAGCAAAGACAGACCUGGCUGAAGCAGAGGCGAAGUACAACGCCCGGGAAGACGAUCUGAAGAACCUUCAGCGUAAGGUGGACUCUCAAGACGCCGAGAUCGAGCACUUGAACGCUCUGCUGGAACGCACUACCAAGGAGCGCAAUGAUGCCGAGGUCCAAAUCGCAGGUCUUUUGGAGAAACUCAAGAACCUUGAGGGUCUGAGGCGUGAGAUUAAGGUGGAGAGCGCACCUCUGUCUUUGAGUGCCAACUUCGGUCAACGCUCCCCUGAGCUAGAAAAAGAGUUAUCCGCCCUUCGUCAGAAGGUACACAAGCUCGAGAAGGAUAACGAGGCUCAGCGAAACAACAUCGCACGUCUGGAGAGUGACAUGCAAGACAAGGAAGACCAGAUUGACGCCUUGAAUAGAGAGCUGGAUGGCAAGGGUACGAGUGAUGCUGACCUGAGAAAGGAGGUGAUUGAGCUGAGGACGAAGAACAAGACGCUUGAACGAGAUGUCGAUGAACUUCUUGAUGAUAAGAAGGACUUACAAGAAGAGCUGGCGGAUCUUAGGCCAAAGGUCGAGAAACUGCAGACCCAGCUGGAUGCGACCACGACACAAAGGGACGACCUAAAGAACGCUCUCGCUGAUGCCAAUAACACCAUCCUUAAGCUGAAGGAGGAAUUGAACAACGCGGAGAUGAGGGCUUCGCAGCAAGAGAAGGCGAACAGCAGUCUCGGAAAACUCGUGAAGAAGCACGAGAACACGAUCGCUGACCUUAUGCAGCAGCUGAAGGAAGCCGAGGCAGAUGUAGAGUCUCUAAGACGCGAGCUUGUCUCUGUCAACGCAAAGAAUGAUCUGUUGAACCAAGAGAAGAAAGAUCUUGUGAAGAAGAUCAAUGACCUGAAAAAGAGGAUCACUGAGCUGGAAUUAAUUAUAAACACGCUCAAGGACGAAAAAGAAGCGUUGGAGCAAGACGUCAACUCGAUGUCUUAUAAGAUCAGCAAUCUGGAAACCAAGGUCAAGAACUUGGAGAAAGAGAAGGCGUUUUACCAGAAGGAGAGCGAGGAAUUGGAAGCAAAGAACCGUAGAAUGAAGAACGAGAUCCUGCAGCUUCAGAACCAGCUCAAGGACAAAGAACGCAUGUGCGAGAACCUAGCAGCAGAGGCCAAGCAACUUGAGGCUUCUAAUAACGCGUUAAAGAGGGACAAGAAAGCGCUAGAAGACGAGAUCAAUCUGCUCAAGAUGCAGCUCGAAUCCAGCAAACACGCCAACGAAGUCAGCCAGGAAAGGAUCAGGGAACUUCUAGCGCAGCUCGAGAGAGCUUCGAUGCAAGUAGCCGCCCCUGUCAGUGUGAGCGUUGUAGAAUCCGCCCCGACAAUGAUGUUUGAAGAGCCGCUGCAGUCAGAGCCUGAUGAUCGCAUUUACGAGCUGGAAGCGCUGUUGAAAGCAAGCAAGGAACGGGAGGCAGCGCUUAGGCAGGAACUUAACGGCUACAACGCCAAACUGAACAAGCUUGAGGCUGAGAACCAGUAUUUGAAUGAACGCUUGAUCGAAAUCCAACACGACAAUGCUGUUCUUGAGAGGAAGCUUCGCGAGGCAGAACAAGCUUUGAGCAAAGCCAAUCUCGAAAAGGAAGAGUUGAAAAAGCAAAUCAAUGACUUGAGCUCUAGGGUCACCGCGCUCGAGAAUCAGACCGAGGAAGAUGCCGUUGAGAAGAAAUCGCUAAAGAAUCAACUUGAUAAGGUGAACAAGAGGGUGACUGAGCACCAGGAUGAGCUUAUGAAUCUGGAUCAGUCUCUAGUGGAACACAAGAUCGCUGUUGAUGCACACACCAAGGAGAAGACCCAGAGAGAGGCACUGUUAGAUAAGCUGAGAGCCACAAAAGACUACUUGGAAGAACAGAAUGAAUCUCUAAAGGCAAGUUUGGAUGCGGCGCGAGAUUCAAACGACCUUCUCAAAGCUGAUCAAUCAAAGCUGCUGAAGGAAAUCGCGGACUUGAAGAACGAUAAGAAUCAGCUGAAGCAAGCCAAUCAGAAGCUUGGGCACGAUAGGGAGCGCGCCGUGGAGGACGCCAAGGACGCUUUUGCUAAGAUUAAAGAUCUCGAGAAGCAGCUUGAAGAUGCGAUCGAGAAGCGAAAACAUGCCGAGCAAGAAAGUGAUGAGCUUGAAGCGGAUUUGCAAAAACUGAAGGACGAGCUUGCGAGUACAAAGCGACACAUUGCAGACCUUCAAGACAAACACGAGGCACUCAAAGAUGAGCUUGACAAGACAGAGGAUGAAAAUGAUGCGCUUAGAGACAAGAAGAAGGAGUUGGAGGCGGAGAUCGAGGAGCUGAAGAGAAAACUUGCCGAGUCGGAGUUAAACAUCCCGAUCCAGCAACCGAUAGUCGAAGCUCAGAAUGUACAGAUCGUACAGUCUAGCCCAGAUUUUGAUUUCGGCGAUUCAGACGAACUCAGGCGUCUACAGGAAGAUAACAUCAGCCUCAGACACAAGAACAGCGAGCUUGAAGCUGAAAGCAAGUUGGCUGACGAUAAGAGAAAGGACCUCAAUGACCAGCUGGUCGGAUGCCAUGGAAAGAUCUCCAAGCUCGAGUCGCAGCUGAAUGUUGCCAAUCAAAGGAAGUUUGAGCUUGAGAAAGCAUUGGAUGAGGCUAACAAAGAGCUGAAGCCCUUGAGUGAUAAGUACGACCGGGCAUCUCGAGACCUUGAUAUCUUACAGAAGACAUUGGAUGAUACCCAGAGCAGGCUGGCCAACGCCGAGAUGACUCUUGAUGCAGAAACAAGCAAGAAGAAACAGCUUCAGGAAGACCUUGAUGAUGCUAUGGAGGAUCUUCAUGAAAAAGAUACAGAGCUAAACAAGACCAAACGAAAGCUUCAAGAGCUACAAGCCAUCCUUGAGAGCGGCAACGGUGACUCGAACCACAAGGAUGAGCUCAUUGAGAACUUGAAAAAGGAAAUUGAGAGUCAAGAGAAGGAGAUAAAAAAGCUCCGAAGGGACGUGCUGUCCGCGCAGAAUUCUUUAGAUCAGAGCAUGCAGAAGAGAGACGAGCUCGACAAGGCACUAUUUGUUGCGAAGCAGCAGCUAUCCGAUGACGAGCUGACGAUUGGCAACCUCCAGCAGGAAAAUGAGUUCCUGAAUGAGAGUCUCAAGGACACUCACGAGCGUAAUGUCGAGCUUGAGCACGAACUGGCGAAAGCAAGGAAAGAAUGUGCCUCCCUUAGGUCUCAACUGGAUGAAAACAACAUUCGCAUGAGGAAGGCCACUGAAGAAGCCGACAUCUUGCAGAGACGGGUGACGGAGUUGCAGGCCCUGAUUGAUGCGUUAAAUAAAGAUAUUCUUGAUCGCGAUACAAUCAUUAAUCAGCUCCGAUCAGGAAGCAGCAACGUCGGCGACGAGAUAAACGCUUUGAAGAAGAAGGUGGCUAAGUACAGAGAUGACUACCAGAAGAGCCAAGACGAGGUUGCAAUGCUACAGCUCAAGCUGCGUGAAAGGAAUGUCAGUGUGGUGCCGAGCGAGAGUAGGAUUACAAUCUUCCAGCAAGACAACGAGAAACUCAAGAACGAGCUGGCAAAUGCCCAAGCGAUGGCUGCUGACCAGAAGGCAAACUACCAGAACGCACAGAGGGAGAUCGAAAGGCUCCAACUAGAGCUUGUUACUGCUACACAAAAACUAAACCAUAUGGAAGCCAGAAACGAAGCCCUUGAGGAUGAAAGAGAACGACUGAAGAAGGAUAAUAGCGCUCUUCAAAAGGAAGUCUCGAGUCUGAAGAUUCAACUCGAUGCUUUGAAACACGAGAACAAUAAGCUUCAAAACGAGCUUACAUUGCUGCAGAAGAAGCUGCAAGCUCUGCAACAACAGCUUGCCAACGCAGAGGGCAAAAAAGGAAGAAAGGGCAAAGAAGGCAUCAGUGCAAAGAAGGUUGAAGAUCUGGAGUCAUCCUACCAGAGUGCCCUUCGCGAGAAAGAGGGUGCCAAAGGUGAUCUUUUUAUUCUAAAGCAAAAGGUCUCCAAGCUUGAGAGCGACCUCGCUGAAAAUGAGAGAGAGAAUGAGGCCUUGGAGCACAGCCUUGAGUGCCGAGACAAGAGAAUCUCCGAACUGGAGAACAGUCUCAAGAGUGCACAAGACAACCACAUGGCGGACAAAAACGAGAUGCUUCAAUGGCGUAAGAGAUGCGCUCAAGCCGAGCAGGAUCUUCAGGCAAGCAAGAACCAGCAGACUCGCCUUGAACAGCAAAAGGCAAACCUUGAACAGAAGAUCAAGCACCUUGAAGACGAUCUAGAGCAAGCAAACAAGAGGAUUGACGUCCUAGAGAAUGCUCUAGCCGACCAAGAUAGCGAGUCAAAGUAUGGGGAAUUCCUCGACCAAGAAAAUCGCAUCGCUGAGCUCGAGUCAUCGCUCAAAGCGGCACUAGAAGGGAAAGCUAAAGCAGAGGCGGAGUUGCAGAAAAACAAGAGCAAAAUCUGGGAUUUGGAGGAUGACGUUAAGAUGCUUGAGCUGAAGGUAGACCAACUGCAGAAAAUGCUUGCAGAGACGAACAAGUUGAAUGACAAACUAAAGAAAGACCUCAAUAAUUUAAAGAGAACCUCGUGGGACCAACGUAACAACUACAGCGUUGUAAAGAAAGAAUCAGACAUCCACAAGAACAAGGUAGAGAUGGCCGAGAAAGAGCGUGAUGAGUUGGAGAGCGAGCUUAACCGGCUGCGCAAGGAGCUGGCGGAUGUGCGCGCACAGAGAGAAAAGCUAAACGUGGAGAAGAACGAUCUAAAGGUGUCACUUCACAAAACAAAGAGCCAUCUUGCCGAAGAGGAGAUGGAAAAUGAGAAGCUUGUUAAAGAGAAUGAGAUUCUGAAGGUCGAGUUGGAGCAACUGAAGAAGGAAAUGAUGGCAUUGAAGGUAGAGAUGGAGAAUAUGCAGAUGGCGCCUGUGCAAGUCGCGACAGUCGAAGCCGUAGAAAGCAGUCCUUUUGACUUUGAUGAGCUGGAUGGGGCCAAGCGUGACCGAGACAAGUACCAGCUUGAGAAAGAAGAAGCCGAGAAGAGACUCCAAAGCUAUGAAGAUGAGCUUAAUGAGAAGCAGAAGCAGAAGGAGAAAGCGGAAGAUAACUUAAAGGCUCUGAAAAAGAGGAUCUCCGAUCUGGAAGUUGAUAAUAAGAACCUGGAGACUGCUCGCGACAACGCAGUCUACGAGCGAGAUAUUGCAAAUCAGAAGUUUGUAGAGCAGAGAACGGACAAUGAGGUCCUGAAGGAGGAGAAAGAGAAGCUUCUUAUGCAGUUGAAAGAUUUGCAGAACGAGGUAGCUCGUCUAGAGAACCAGCUCGAAGAUCUCAAGAAAAGGAAUGCUGAUUACGAGAAACUGCUGGCAAAAUCAGGCAACAAGGACGACCUUCUGGAAAAUCUGCGAAAGAGAAACAAACAACGUGAAAACGAGCUCCAGAAACAGAUCGCCGACCUACAGAGGAAGCUUAACGAGGCAGAAAGCAAGAUAAGAACUGCAGACGAGAAAGUACAAGAUGCCGAGAACGAGCGAGACGACAUGGAACAUCGCAACAAACAGCUACGCGACGACGUUGUCAACUUUCAGUCAAGAAUCACAGAGCUUGAGCACAAGAAGAAGAAAGCUGACGAAAAGAUUGAGGAACAGGAAGACGAGAUCCAUGAACUCUUGGACAAGCUUGGAGGUAUGUCUCAGACUGAUGGCGGUGAUUCGUCCGACUUGGAAUCGCAAAUCGAGCGUUUGAAGCGAAGCAAUGUCAGACUUGAAGAUCAGAACAAGCAGAAAGAUGCAGAGAUCAAUAGCCUGCGCGAACAGCUUGACGAGUACAGAAACAGGCUGGAAAAGGGAACCGGUGAUUUGGAGAUUCAUCUUAGAAAUAUCGGGGACAAGAGCGAAAUCUACCGCAAGGACGCGCUUGACAAAGGUAAUACCAUAGAAAAACUACGCGCCGAGAAGCUCCAAGAUGAAAUCGAGAUCGAGAAUUUGAAAGCGGAGCUGGAGUCUUUGAGAAAUGAGAACGCAGAGAACGAAAAAGAAAUCAGCCACCUCGAAGAGGAUGCAAACAAGCUUGGCGAGGACAAGAACGAGCUUGAGAACAAAAUAAUUGAGCUGACAAACCAAUACAAGCUCAAGCUCGCAGAACUCGAAAACGAAAACGAUCUCCGCAAUUCAAGAGUAAAGAACCUUGAGAACCUGUGCAAGAAGUACGAGAAACAGAUCCAGGAGCUCCGAGAGCACAAUGCAGUUGCCUUUGACCCAUCUUCGUCAACAACACUCAUCUUAGACGUGGACAAGCGCGGCAGAAAACCAAACCGCUACGUGUCCUACACAGAGAGCAUGAUGGAGCCCCAGAACCGCAGCCUUUACCGCCCCAAGAGCCAGGAAUUCAGCUUUGAGAAAAGCAAGACCGCACCCGUUAGCGAGAGGGUCCAGCCUUCCAAGUCUGACUCAGGGAGGGUAGAGUCGGCUCCAACUAGGAACGGGAACGCGAAGAUCGACGAUAGCAUUGAUGUCGAUGUGAGUGUCGGAGGUCGUGAACGGCCAAGGUCCGGCGGCAGGAGAAGAGUAGAUGAGAGCAUCGUAGCACCUUCGGUAGCCAGGCGUGACAAGUCGAGCCCUGACGAUGGCCCAAUGAGCAGCACCAGGAUCGACGAAGACGAGGCGCGUGCCAAGCGACGAGAGGCGCGCGAAGCACGACGGUCCCGUACACGCGAUAAGGAUGACGGGAAGGAGUCAUCACGUGAUAGAAGUAAGGAGGAGUGCAAGAACCAGUAAGCAGAAAAAUGAGUCUUCACUUUCGAACACUGAGAGACUAAGAGAAUGACUUCCCUCACAUCAAAACUAACACGUUCUACAAGAAUAUGACGCCUUUUCGUAUUAAAGCACGGGGGAAAUACCACGUGUUUAUCACGUGAUAACCUUCCUGUACCCUUAUUUUUUACAUAAAUAAUCAAGAACAAAAUCAAAAACGGAGAAAUACAAAUAAGUCGUACUUAGGAUAUACUCGACGCUUGCGACACAUUAAAAGUUAAGUAACCAUACUCAACCUAUGUGUAUAAGUUUAUCUGUAUAUCCUAAAACCAGCAUCUCCCGAACUAUCUGAGCCGAAUAUUUCUUAAACCCAGCGAGUUUUAAAGAAAGAGCUCGGGUUUUUUGGGGUUUUAGGAUGUAUAGAUAGCUUCACGCACACAUUAGCACAAGCACCAGCAUCUUGAUAACAUUUCAACAGUUUCGCCCCCUCCUAAUAGACGAAGGUCUUACCCCCUACCAAGCAAAGUUGCAUAGCACGCGAUAAUUGCCAAACUAAGCGGAAUGACAUUUGUAAUAACCUUCAGACAAAAUGGCCGCCAUCUGAUUUCCCUCUAAAGAAAGGACAAUAGCACAACGGCAACACAAGAAAAUCUUUAAAGAAGAAAAUCGUUACUAAACAAUGAAAUGGAGCAAAUGCUGAGGCUUUUAGCGGCAAAAGGACGUUUUUCUGUUGUUUUAAGUUUUUGUCUAAAAAUUUUCUUUCAAAAAAGGGAAAACAAAAUGGCGCCCAAUAGGUGCACACUCCCGUUUAACUUCUGAAAUGCUAAUGUGAACAAGGUGCUGUGAAAACACGUAAAAUUGCAAGGAGUCAACGAAUAUUAACAGUAAUGGGUUAUUGAACAAGAAUAAAUGACCUCGCCUGAGUGCCGGUGAUUACGUACCGCCUAGCGGACGGUAUUUUAUAAGAAUCGACCUAACUUACAACUAGGCUUGAUCACUGAUAGCCUCGUUAAGAAAACUUUAAUUAAGACCAUAGGGGACUGUAUUUUUUGCAUCCUUCAUCUUUUUCUAUAAAUUAGUUAACUGAAAGUCACUUGGAAUGAGCAGAUUUCCAGAACACGACGGUGAUAAAUUUGCUUACAAUCAAAUGUAAUUUAGAUAGUACUCACCAACCGUCAAUGCUAUAACUAAAUAAUGAUGUAUACUUAGUUGAUAAGACAUUAAGUCAUACAAAAAGUUAGCACUACAGAAAGAUGUAAUGUUAGGUUUUUCAUUUAUAUUAAAGGUAAUUGUAAUUCAACCGCCAUUGAUUAGCGCAUUUAAUAAAUACGAUUUUGGUUA